AUGGAAGAAGAAAACCAAGUUGUUGUUGAAGAAAACAAUAGAUUAGGCAAAGAUUUUAAAAGUGCUAUUAUUAUAGGGGUUCCGGAGGAUUUAAAUGAUCAAAUUCAAGAGUUUAGAAAGAAGUAUGAUAAGUCAUUUGUUAGAUGGUAA